GCAGUCCACUCACUCUCUCUCUGCCAUUUCAUCAAGCUGGAGCUUUGAAGAUCAGAGAGCUGAGUACACACAGCCGGGCCUGGGACGCUGCUUCUGGGGUCUGCAGGACACUGGGACUAUGGGCACAGCCUGGUAAAGCCCGCUGGAUUUGCCCCGGGAGCUGCGGAUGGGAGCCCUGCCUCUGUGGACUAGUAGCAAGGAGGCUGCACUGCAAACUUAGAUGGAUACCAGGAUUUGUGGCGUGUGUUUGGGGAUGGGAAAGUAGCUCCUGGGAGCCCCUGAUGAGUAGUUCCCUGUAGAUCAGUGCAAACCAAGUCACAUCCGAGUCGCUCAUCUGUACCUAGAACUGGAUCUAUCAUUUUUCUGGGCAACAUGGUUUCUGUUUCGAUCUGAACAAGUGAAGGUGAUAUCCAUGCAUUUCAAAUGAUGCCUUUUCCUGUAUCCAGAACUGUGAAAAUAACAGGCAGCAAGUUGAGUGAAAUCUAUUUUCAGAACGUGGAGAGUGAUCCAAUUUGUGAACCAUGAGGCUCUGUCUGCUUCAUGCUGGCAUGGUGCUCCUAACACUAACAUUGGUCUAUGCAGUUAGCUUUCCCGAAGAUGAUGAGCCCAUCAACAUCGUAGAUUACCAUUAUUCAAGGCAAUAUCCAGUAUUUAGAGGACGCCCUUCAGGCAAUGAAUCACAGCACAGCUUGGACUUUCAACUGAUGUUAAAAAUUCGAGACACACUUUAUGUUGCUGGAAGAGAUCAGGUUUAUGCCGUAAAUUUAAACGAGGUGCACAAGACUGAAGUGACACCAAGCAGAAAGCUGACAUGGAGAUCAGGUCAAGCCGACCGGAAGAAUUGUGCGAUGAAAGGAAAACGCAAGGAUGAAUGCCAUAACUACAUCAAGGUUUUUGUUCCAAGAAAUGAUGAGAUGGUUUUUGUCUGUGGCACGAAUGCUUACAAUCCCAUGUGUAGAUAUUACAGGUUAAGUUCUUUAGAAUAUGAUGGGGAAGAAAUUAGUGGCUUGGCAAGGUGCCCAUUUGAUGCUAGACAGACCAACGUUGCUCUCUUUGCUGAAGGGAAGCUAUACUCUGCUACCAUGGCUGACUUCCAAGCCAGUGAUGCUGUGAUCUAUCGAAGCAUGGGGGAUGGAUUUGCUCUGAGGACAAUUAAAUAUGACUCCAAGUGGCUAAAAGAACCACAUUUUCUGCAUGCGAUAGAAUACGGAAGCUAUAUCUACUUCUUCUUUCGGGAGAUUGCUGUGGAGCAUAAUAAUUUAGGCAAGGCUGUUCAUUCCCGUGUGGCACGCAUAUGCAAAAAUGACCUGGGGGGAUCACAGAGAGUCCUGGAAAAACACUGGACAUCAUUUGUGAAGGCAAGGCUCAACUGCUCUGUUCCAGGGGAUUCUUUCUUCUACUUUGAUGUUCUGCAGUCUAUAACAGACAUAAUAGAAAUCAAUGGCAUUCCUACUGUUGUUGGCGUGUUUACUACACAGCUAAAUAGUAUACCAGGUUCAGCGGUUUGCGCUUUUACUAUGGAUGACAUUGAGAAGGUAUUCAGAGCAAGAUUUAAAGAACAAAAGACUCCAGACUCUGUUUGGACAGCUGUACCAGAAGACAAAGUACCCAAACCAAGGCCCGGUUGUUGUGCUAGGCAUGGCCUUGCUGAAGGAUACAGGGCCUCCACUGAAUUUCCAGAUGAAACUCUGGCCUUUAUAAAGUCCCAUCCAUUGAUGGAUUCCGCAGUUCCUUCUAUCACCGAAGAGCCUUGGUUCACUAAAACCCGUAUCAGGUAUAGAUUGACAGCUGUAGCUGUGGACCACCUUGCUGGCCCUUACCUCAACUAUACAGUCAUAUUUGUAGGCUCCGAAGCUGGCAUUGUUCUGAAGAUCUUGGCUAAAACUAAUCCAUUAUCUUUGAAUGACAGCGUAUUGCUGGAAGAAAUUGACGCCUACAACCGUGCUAAGUGUUAUGGGGACAGUGAAGAAGACCGAAGAGUUCUAUCUCUACAGCUGGACAAAGAUCACCAUUCCUUAUUUGUGGCAUUUUCAGGAUGCAUAAUAAGACUCCCACUUAGUCGUUGUGAUCGAUACGGCUCUUGCAAAAAGUCUUGCAUCAGUUCAAGAGAUCCUUACUGUGCGUGGCUGAAUCAUGAAACCUGCGGCAGAGUAGAACCUGGCAUAUUCUUUGGGUAUGAACAGGAUGUGGAGCAUGGUAACACGGCACAGCUUGGAGAUUGCCAUGAAAAAAUGCCUACUACAACUACACCAGAUUACAAAAUAUUUGGCGAUCCAACAUCUGACAUUGAAGUUUCUUCCACUUCUCUAACCACAAUGACAAGUAGCCCAGUCAUUCUUCCUAAAGUGAUUGGUUCCUGGAAACCCAGGAUGACUGGCUCUCGGGAAUUUGUGUAUGAAGAUGACCCAAACUCCUCUGAUUAUAUUGAUACAUUAACAGGUGUCCCAAAUGGUGUAAGAUGGGAAGUACAGUCAGGAGAAUCCAACCAAAUGGUGCACAUGAAUGUCCUGAUCACGUGUGUCCUGGCUGCAUUUGUCCUCGGAGCUUUCAUUGCAGGGGUGGUCGUCUAUUGUUAUCGGGAGAUGUUUGCACGGAAAUCGAGGAAGAUACACAAAGAUGCAGAGUCUGCACAAUCCUGUACUGACUCAAGUGGAAGUUUUGCCAAACUUAAUGGAUUGUUUGACAGCCCUGUAAAAGAAUAUCAGCAAAGCAUUGAUUCACCCAAGCAUUAUACAAAUAUAUUGACUAGUAGAAAGGAGUUGGCGCCCAAUGGUGAAAUGAAGUCCAUUAUGAUGGACAAUCAAGGACAGCCACCAGAACUAGCUGCACUUCCAACUCCUGAAUCUACACCAGUGCUUCAGCAAAAGAGCCUACAUCCCAUUAAAAACCAAUGGGAAAAGACGCAAAACAACUUCAACAUUUCACGCAAAGAAACUCCUCUUAAAAGUCCGCAGUUUUUUCCAUCCAGUCCUCCUCCUCACUCACCUCUAGCUCAUGGACAAAUCCCAAGUGCCGUUGUUCUUCCAAAUGCCACCCAUGACUAUAAUACAUCUUUUUCAAAUUCAAAUGCACACAAAGCGGAUAAAAAACUUCAUAACAUUGAGCAUUCUUUGGUAAAACAGUCAAGUAAAAGAGAUCAUCGUCGUUCUGUGGAUUCCAGGAACACGUUGAAUGACUUUUUAAAACAUCUGAAUGAGUCUACUGGAAAUCCCAAAGGAAUGAUGGCAGAUAUUCAAGUCGCUCAUCAGAACAGCCACCAGGCUCCACAUCAGACAUUAAUGCUUGAUACAAUGGGAAACUUGUCAGAAAUUCCACCUAAAGUCCCCAAUAGGGAAGCAUCCUUGUAUUCCCCCUCUUCAACUCUUCCAAGAAACAGCCCAACAAAACGUGUGGAUGUGCCUUCCACACCAAAUGGGCAAAUGACAUCUUUAGAAAUGCAAAGAAGCUAUCAUAAAAACUCUUCACAGAGACAUUCAAUAUCAGCUCUCCCUAAAACUAUGAACUCACCAAAUGGUGUUUUGAUUUCAAGACAGCCUAGUGUUAAUAGAGGUGGUUACAUGCCUCCAAGUCCUAAUCCAAGGGUGGACUACAUCCAAGGAACACCUGUAAUUGUCCAUCAACAGACUUCCUUAUCACGGCAAAGCAGUUACACAGGGCAUGGAACUCUUCCUCGUAUGGGAAUAAAGAGAACACCAUCUAUAAAACCGGAUGUGCCACCAAAACCCUCAUUUGCUCCACAAAAUACAUCAGUUAGACAGCUAAAUAAAUAUAGCUACUGAGACCUGUCAUCUUGUUUCAGAUGUAUAUGGUGAUGAAACAUGGUGUUGUCCUAGAAACUGUCAGGCAGAGACAUGGUUGCUUGCUGAACCUGUCCCCAUAUAAGUGGCCAAAGAAGCUGUCUUUAAUUUGUCAGUAUCACCUUUUGCCAGAGACAGGAACUGCCGGAUAUGCUUGUAAGGAACAAAACAAAGGAAAGUGCUGGUCAUUUUACUUCUUUUGUUUGGAGCAAAGUGGACAUGUAGCACAGUGGGGGCUACUUUACAGUUAAAAAAAAAACUGAUACAGUACUAAGAUUUAAAAUAUACUUGAAAAACGGGCUUUCAUUUUAAACUGCCGCUGUGUGUAGCCAUCCCAUUAAAUGUGAACAUAUUAAUAUGUAUGUAUUCACCUUGCCUCUUGCACAACUAUCAGAAAAGUGUCUCAAUUAAAGGUUGCAUUUUAGGCAAUUUACCUACUAUCGUCUCAACACUAAAAUAUAUCAUCCGUCAUCCGUGGUGUCACUCCAUGUGUCACAGUUAAUUCUGACGUGUGUGUGUGUGUUUUGUAUGUGUGCUUAAGCCAUACAUACAAACACUUCUGCACGUAAGGAUUCUCAUUGCAAUUUCUAUGCUAUGAUACUGUUUACAUUGAGCAUGACUGGACAAAUAGUUAAUAUCCUUCCACUAGUAUUCUGCUGGUUGUGCAGCUGAGGGGAAACAGCUGUCUCUCCUCUCUGCCUUCCAGGGUAAUUGGCUUGGCUGAACAUGGUACCUCGUGCAAGAAUGUAAAGAUUUCUUAGAACUGUUAUGCUGCUAUUAAAACAUUAUUGUGUGAUUCACUGGACAUGCUGGAGAGAAUCUAUCUUCAUGGUUGUUUGCUCUUAGCAUUAGUUAAUAACUAGUGCUACUUGGCCACUGUGAAAUUAAUCUCAUUCAUUUUAACUAGUGUUAAAAGAAACAAUGGCUAGGGAACAAAAAAAUUAUAUUUUUUUGUACUUGGAAAAGUAAAGAUAAUGCAGGUCUCCUUACAUGAAACUAUUAGUUAUACAAGUCUAUGGAAACAUUGAUGGCUGAUGGGAUGGCAUUGGGCAUAGCUGUAAGAUGCUAUACCCAGUGAUCAUUGCCAUCAAGGGUGUUGAAUCGCCCAGAGCUAUGAACAAACUAUGAAGACUGAAUAGUAAUGGCUUCAGAUAGUGGAUGAAUAGUGAUGUAUUCUCAGUCCAUCUGACAUGUGAAGUCAGUAUGUUAGGGAUCUACAGAUACUGUAUAAGGUUCAGUCCUACUGUUUCAUUGUGAGUACAUGUUAUUGCUGAGCUUGUUAACACAAGAAGAUAUUCUAAUGGAACACCUUAAACAAUAAGCAAUUUUAGCCUGUAGACUAUAUCUGAAUCUCUAUACAUUUCAUUUUUGUACUUCUUUUUUUUACUCUAUUCUUUAAAAAACAAUCUGCACUAAUAGCUUUGUGGAGGCAGUGUUAGCUUUUCUUUGAAUGUGAGGGGGAAAAAAUGUGUGUGUAUAUAUGUUACCAGUGUUUUUAAAAGGGCAGUGGUGGUAAAUAAUGAAGAUAAAUAGCAUAUGUGGUCUAUAUUUUUCUAAUGGUAUUCUCUGCUUAUAGCAGAACUCAAUAGAUCUCUCCUUAUUAGAAAAGUAAAUGGCCACUAAACUUAAAUAUAAGGUCACCCUUUAUGAAAUGGCAUCUGGUAACAGUUAUAAAUAUCUAUGCAAAAGUUUACAGUGUAUACACUUUUUGGUGACUAGCUAAGUGUGUCCAUUAUUAGAUAUACCUACAAAGUACUCCAUUAUCAUUAAAAGCCUUAUUUCAAAGUAUUUUGGGCUGUAAUAAAUCCUGGUAAACCUUUUGCAUGUAUGUUUGUGAAUGUUAUUUGUAGCUCUUUCAUAUAAAACUUCUUUUCGUUUUAGGAUUAAUAGUCCUUGAAAUGGCUAGUAUUUUGGAUGAAAAGAUUCAAUGCUUUUUAAUACCGGGGAGGCUGUGUAAACCUAGAGAAUAUAAAAGUUCAUGUGUCCGGAACAUAACUAAGAGUGAAACCAACGCAUUCAGAGCCUUUAGGCAGCGCAUACAGCCUCUCAAACUCCUACAGAAGUAAAAAAUGACACAACUGCUAUGUAACAUAAAAAUAAUAUACAGUAGUUGUGUACAUUAUGGCCACGCUGCCCAGAAUGAAAUAAAGAAUUUUACAUUAGUGCAAUUACAGUACUUGUAUUUCAUGUACGAGUGAUUUUUGGGUCAUGCAGGUAAUGACAAUAUUCUGUAAAUAUGUGUGAGGGUAGCCGAAUCUGUGCAUUUUGUGCCUUAUUCAUAAAAAUACAAUUUACUAUAGUAUGUCAAGUGUCUCAUUAUAGCACACUAUUUUUUUUCUGGGUGUCCGAAACCUUAGGAAGAAACCCUGUUAAUUAAUAGGAUGAACACCAGUUGGAGUUGCUUCCAUAUUUACUAAGACAGACUUUCUGCUACAGAACAUUAAGGGAUCAAGAUCAAGCAAAUUCUAAAUGACCAUAAAGAUUUAGAAGCUAAUGCAGCACCUGCUAGAAUUGUGUUGUACUGUUUACAAGUACCUCUCAUUGACUGAUGUUUAACACAGAUGUCUUAUCAUUUUAAAGAUCCACAGAAAUAUAAUAAACGUUAUGGAGUAUAACGUAGACUGUUUUGAUAGCAGAGGUUGCAUUUGUUUUAGUAUUAUACAAAACAGAACCUGAUUUAAAUGAUGUCUAAUUAGAUUAUAUUUUAUACACAGAAGGGAAACAGAACUCAUUGUUUCACUAUUUUCUUUUUCUUUUUUUGUAUAAAAUGUAUCUAUUAAAAAACAUAUGUUAAACUGUAUUUCUCGUGGCCAAAGCUGAGAACUCUAAUUUUUAGAUUUAUUUUUUUGGGGAGGGGGAGGGAGACAUAAUUUAAUUAAUACCAGUUAUGCAAUUUAUGUCAACGUUAUCAUUCAUUUUAAAGUGAAAAUGCUGAUGUGUUUUCAUGUGUAAGAUUGUGGUGUGAGCGCACUAGAGAUUGAACAGCCAAACCACAAAAUUUGUUAAUCUGGAUAACAUUGUACUGCCUUGUAGACUGUAAUGUGAGUUCUAUCAGUAUUUAUGUUGAUGUUUCUAACAUUCAAUCUAGGCUAAAAAUUCUUUUAAUAAAAAGUGCUUUAUCCAUUUGUGCAAAAGUUUAAAAAAAAUUAGAUUGUAUCUUUUUUUUAUAUUUGUCCAGCAUAUAAAAGUAACCAUUGAAAUAAGUUGCUCUCUCCUGUUCUGUAGAGUACUUUAACGUGUAGAUAUCUUGUAAAGUUGUAUUGUGAAUGUGUAAAUAAUUCUGUACUUUUGGGUUUUUAACACAGCAUGUAAAGUUAAAAUAAAAUACUCAAGUGAAAUAA